AUGCAAAAUAUUGGAAGUGAAACUAGUAAGGGAUAUGUUUUGGUCACUGGUGGAGCUGGUUAUAUUGGAAGUCAUACGGUGGUAGAGUUGAUCAAUGCCAACUACGUUCCUAUUGUCAUUGAUAAUCUGAACAAUGGAUAUGUGGAAGCGUUGAAUCGUAUCGAGGUCAUCACUGGUUUUCGUGUAGAGUUCCACAAGAUCGAUUUAAUGAAUGAAGUCGCCUUGAGCCAACUGUUUGAUAUUCGUCCUAUUACCAUGGUUAUCCAUUUCGCCGGAUACAAAUCGGUGACGGAAUCGGUCAGCAAACCACUCAGUUACUACGAUAACAACAUCACUGGUACUCUCAACCUCCUCAAGGUGAUGCAAGCACACAACGUCAAGAAUAUCGUAUUCUCUUCCAGUGCCAACGUCUAUGGAAAUGCAGAGACCGUUCCAAUCACAGAGGAUCUGAGACACGCAGCCACCAAUCCCUAUGGAAGAACGAAAAUGUUUGUCGAGGCAAUCCUCAAAGACCAGUGCAUAAGUGAUGCCGAGUGGAAUUGUAUAUUGCUACGUUAUUUCAAUCCGGUCGGUGCCCAUCCAUCUGGUCUGAUUGGCGAGGAUCCACACGACAUUCCAAACAACUUGGUUCCAUAUAUCACUCAGACCGCCAUUGGCAAGCGUGAGUUCCUCUCGGUGUUUGGCGGUGACUACGAGACACCCGAUGGAACUGGAAUUCGUGAUUUCAUACAUGUCGUUGAUCUCGCAAGAGGUCACAUUGCAGCACUCGAUCACAUCUCCAAGAAUCCAGGAUGUGUAGCUUACAAUCUCGGAACUGGUCGUGGAUACUCUGUACUGGAAAUGGUUGCAGCAAUUGGAAGAGCGGCUGGCAAGGAUGUUCCCUACAAGAUUGUCGAUCGUCGUCCAGGAGACAUUGGUGUUUCUUAUGCUGAUCCAUCUAAAGCUCAGAGAGAACUCGGUUGGAAGGCUGUAUAUAAUCAAAACGAUAUGUGUGAGCAUGCAUGGAAAUGGCAGUCUAUGAAUCCAAACGGUUAUAGAGAUGCCAUAAAUAAUGAGUUAUAUGGUGCUUUUCGUAUUCAUUAA